AUGAAAAGAAAGAAAAAAAGAAAGAUGCCAUUUUUCUUUCUUUCUUUCGUUCUUUCUUUCUUUCUAUCACUUUUCCGAUCUUCCUUUCUACAUGCCAUCUUUCUUUCUUUUCUUUUUCUUUCUUUCUUUCUUUCUUUCUUUCUUUCUUUCUUUCUUUACUUUAACAGUUUAACUUCCUACGUGCCAUCUUUCUUUCUUUCUUCAGUUUACCGAUCUUCCUUCCCACAUGUCAUAUGUCUUUCUUUUCUUCUUUCUUUCUUUCUUUCUUUCUUUCUUUCUUUCUUUCUUUCUUUCUUUACUUUACCUAGCUUUCCUACAUGCCAUAUUUCAUCUGUCUUCUUUCAUUCAUUCCUUCAUUUCUUCCUUCCUUGUCUUUUUUCCUUCCUUCCUUCCUUCAUUCCUUCCUUGUAUUUCCUUCCUUCCUUCCUUCCUUCCUUCCUUCCUUCCUUCCUUCCUUGUAUCUUCUUUCUUCUUUCCUUCAUUCCAUCCUUGUAUUUCCUUCCUUCCUUCCUUUCUUCCGUGUAUUUUCUUCCUUUCUUCUUUAUUUGUAUUUCCUUCCUUCCUUCCUUCCUUUCCUUCUUCCUUCCUUCCUUCCUUCCUUCCUUGUAUCUUCCUUCCUUCCUUCCUGCCUUGUAUUUCCUUCCUUCCUUCAAUGUAUUUUCUUCCUUUAUUCCUUCCUUCCUUCCUUGUAUUUCCUUCCUUCCUUCCUUCCUUCCUUGUAUCUUCUUCCUUCCUUCCUUGUAUUUCCUUCCUUCCUUCUUUCCGUGUAUUUUCUUCCUUUAUUCUUUCCUUAUCUUUCCUUCCUUUCCUUCCUUCCUUCCUUCCUUCCUUCCUUCCUUGUAUCUUCUUCCUUCCUUCCUUGUAUUUCCUUCCUUCCUUCCUUCCUUCCUUCUUUCCGUGUAUUUUCUUCCUUUCUUCUUUCCUUGUCUUUCCUUCCUUCUUUCCUUCCUUUUAUUUCCUUUCUUCCUUCCUUGUAUUUCCUUCCAUCCUUGUAUUUUCUUCCUUGUCCUUCAUAUUGUGGUCUUUGUCGUUAUUCACCUCUCCUUUCUUUUAUUUACAUUUCUACUUUUUAUUUCCUUCCUUCUUCCCACCAUACUUCUUCAUUACUGCCUUCUGUUUUUUUCCCUUCCUCUUUCAGACUUUUCAUUCACCUUCCUUCCUUCCUUCCUUCCUUCCUUCCUUCCUUCCUUCCUUCUCCCCCUUCUUUCUUUUCUUGGCUCUGUUCUUCAAAUGCUUUCUCAAAAAAUAAAUAAGCACCUUCGAAUUCUUCUUUUUCUCUCCAAUCUUGCCAUUUCCACCCGUCUUCGAUUCCUUCUUUCACAUCUUACUUCGACAAUUUUUUUUUGUUCGAAAUACAGUUCUUCACAUUUCUCACAUCCUUCUCUCGGUCUUUUAUUUCAUUCUUUUCUUUUUUCCAACCCAAAUUGCUAA